CUACGUGUAUCACACAAUACCUUAACGUCAACGUGUAACAUCAAUAGCACACUAAAACUAGGAUGAAAUAGUAACAAACUACUGUUGUUGUUGGAUUUACUAAGGUGUAGUUUUAAUGUUAGAACUACGAUUAAAUAGUAACAAACUACUGUUGUGUAGUUUUAAUGUUAGAACUAGGAUUAAAUAGUAACAAACUACUGUUGUUAGAUUUACUAAGGUGUAGUUUUAAUGUUAGAACUAGGAUUAAAUAGUAACAAACUACUGUUGUGUAGUUUUAAUGUUAGAACUACGAGGUUAAGCACUAUAAAAGUCAACAGUAUAUUUCUAACGACACGGAUUAUUUUACAGUGUGGUGAAACUAUGUCAGGAGGGGACAUCUGCGUCACAGCUGACAGGUUAGGCCCAGACUGCUGGUGGCACCCGGCUUGUUUCGUAUGUUGGGACUGCAGGGAAUUGUUGGUCGACCUGAUCUAUUUCACCCAGGACCGAACACUCUACUGCGGUCGGCAUCACGCCGAAACCUUGAGACCACGAUGUGCGGCGUGUGACGAGCUUAUCUUCGCCGACGAGUGUACAGAGGCCGAAGGGAUGACCUGGCACAUGGAACACUUCCGUUGCUACGAGUGUGACCUGAGUCUCGGCGGUCAGAGGUACAUCAUGAACGAAGGACGCCCUUACUGCCUAACCUGCUUCGAUCUCAUGUUUUCUGAAUAUUGUGAUACCUGUGGAGAACCGAUUGGCGUGGACCAGGGUCAGAUGACCCACGAGGAGCAGCACUGGCACGCGACGGAGAACUGUUUCCGAUGUCACACGUGCUAUGUACCUUUACUUGGUCUACCUUUCUUACCAAGACGCGGACUCAUUUAUUGCUCUAUAGAGUGCAGCAAAGGGCAAACGCGCAGACCAAAGAAUCUAAACAAAGAUUUAGUAUCGCCAUCUACCGGAAAUAAUGAGCAAAAAUGUGAUAUAUUGUCUCCAAGGCUUAGUGAAGUGUCAACGAAGAGUAAUUUUCUGAUGCCAUCACGAAGUUAUCAAGAUAGUAUUUCUUCAAAGCAGGUUGAGAAAAUCUAUGAAGAACAGUUUGUCCCAAAUAUUCCACGAAGUUACACGGACUUGGAAGUUCUAGGUGCCAAAGGGUUGAUUAAUCCAGUCAGCCAGACUAAGGGACCCUCAAAUGAGUUAUAUUCCCCAAUCGGGAUGGACGUACUAGAAAAAUUACGGUGUUUACACAACCAGUGCCGUCUACCGACCAAACAACAUACAAGUUGCAGAAACAAGAAAGAGACACUAGCUCCCCCUGCCGAACAGUUAUCAGUUAGUUCGCCAGGCUUAAAUCGGGUGUCGCAAAUAUCUUCCAGUUUAACUUUCGGAAACAAAAUUCCGCCUACAAACUCCGUCCACUCCGGAUUCCCGCGAGAUCAUAUUCUGCGUCCAAUCGUCAGGUCAAACUCGAGCGCGAACAAUAAUGGUGGAUCUUCUAAAAACCUGUCUGUUCGGUUUAAUCCAGUUCUCAUAAAACAUCCGUUCGAAAAUGAUGCAAGAAGUGACAGAAUAAAGGAAUCGCACUGUUGUACAUUUACACACACUAGCCGUGACGUCAUGGGUGAAAGUACAGCGUCAUCCAUAGAUUCUUCGCCACUUCGGGCUCACGGGAAGAAAACUGGAAAGUUGUCCAAACGAUCUUCGUGUCACCCUCGCGACAGAGAUAACCUGAACUCAACCGCAAAAUCUAAAAUACCGCUUUCAGCUCACGAGACCAGACGAACAUCGCACAGAAUUCAGUUACCUUUGGUAAAAGACGACAAAACAAACGAGAUAAGCCUUCAAAGGCCUAGCGAAAGAGAAGAGGAUGAGUCUUGUAGCACUUGUUCCACUUCCAGUUCCGAGGACUUACUCUACGAACUUCCUCCAAGACGAGAGUAUGGUGGUGUCAGAAUAUCCUGCGUUAGCAAUGACGCAUUAAUGGUUGCUAAGCAACAUGCCAAACGACCACCAGAUGGAAGCACAGAGCAAACCGAAGAUAAAAACUGUAUUAUAUCCUGACGUUUCUCUAAACUAAUCAUUUCCCUUUGGAAAAUAAAUACUAAGGAUUUUUAUUUUCAA